UGGCGGCAGUUCCCGGCGGCCCGGGGGCGGGCGGUGGCGGCGGCGGCGGCGGCAGCUGCUCGGGGCUCGGCGCUCUGCGCUCGCUCGCUCGCUCGUUCGCUCACGGGCGGGCGGGCGGCGCGAUGUCGGGCGAGGACGGCCCCGGGGCGGGCCCUGGGGCGGCGGCAGCAGCGGCCCGCGAGCGGCGGCGGGAGCAGCUGCGGCAGUGGGGGGCGCGGGCGGGCGCCGAGCCGGGCCCCGGGGAGCGGCGCGCCCGCACCGUGCGCUUCGAGCGCGCCGCCGAGUUCCUGGCGGCCUGCGCGGGCGGCGACCUGGACGAGGCACGCCUGAUGCUGCGCGCGGCCGACCCCGGCCCGGGCGCAGAGCUGGACCCCGCCGCCCCGCCGCCCGCCCGCGCAGUGCUCGACUCCACCAACGCCGACGGCAUCAGCGCCCUGCACCAGGCCUGCAUCGACGAGAACUUGGAGGUGGUGCGCUUCCUGGUGGAGCAGGGCGCCACGGUGAACCAGGCUGACAACGAGGGCUGGACGCCCCUGCACGUGGCCGCCUCCUGCGGUUACCUGGACAUCGCCAGGCACCUCCUGAGCCACGGGGCCAACAUCGCUGCAGUCAACAGCGACGGCGAUCUGCCUCUGGACCUGGCCGAGUCUGACGCCAUGGAGGCGCUGCUGAAGGCGGAGAUCGCCCGCCGAGGUGUGGACGUGGAGGCAGCCAAACGGGCGGAGGAGGAACUGCUGCUUCACGACACCAGGUGCUGGCUGAACGGGGGCGCCAUGCCCGAGGCGCGGCACCCCCGCACGGGGGCCUCCGCCCUGCACGUGGCCGCCGCCAAGGGUUACAUCGAAGUGAUGAGGCUGCUCCUCCAGGCUGGCUACGACCCAGAGCUGCGCGAUGGCGACGGCUGGACGCCCCUGCACGCCGCGGCCCACUGGGGCGUGGAGGAUGCCUGCCGCUUGCUGGCGGAGCACGGUGGGGGCAUGGACUCGCUGACCCACGCGGGGCAGCGUCCCUGUGACCUGGCGGACGAGGAGGUGCUGAGCCUGCUGGAGGAGCUGGCCCGGAAGCAGGAGGACCUUCGGAACCAAAAGGAAGCUGCCCAGAGCCGGGGCCCGGAGCCCCAGGGGCCCUCCAGCAGCAAACACCGAAGGAGCUCUGUGUGCCGUCUGAGCAGCCGCGAGAAGAUCUCCCUCCAGGACCUGUCCAAGGAGCGCCGGCCCGGGGGGGCAGGGGGGACCCCCAUCCGGGACGAGGACGAGGGAGAAGAAGCCCCCUCAGAGCCACCCCCUGCAGAAUGCAGAGCCCUCAACGGAGUCUCCUCCCCACCGCCCUGUAGCCCCGGGAGCCCCAUGACCCCCGAGGAGACCCCCUUCUCCAGGCGCUUUGGCCUCCAGAAGACAGGCAGCUCUGGGGCCCUGGGGCCUGCGGACCGGCGUGGGGCCGAGGGCGCCCCCGGGGCCGGGCUGCAGCGCUCCGCGUCCUCCUCGCGGCUGGAGGGCAUAUCCACUCAGGGCAGGGAGCCCCGUCUUGCCAGAGUCCCCCCUACCCCCUCCCAGAAGGUGCCGGAGCCCUCUUCCCCGACCCCUGAGCCCGAGUCCCCGGUGAAGCCCAAUGUCCCCGUAGCCUCUGCAGCGCCCCCAGCGGACUCCCGGGACCGCCGGAGGACCUACCAGAUGCCAGUGCGGGAUGAGGAGUCUGAGUCUCAGCGGAAAGCGCGCUCUCGCCUCAUGCGCCAGUCUCGGAGGUCCACGCAGGGUGUGACCCUGACGGACCUGAAGGAAGCAGAGAAGGCCGCAGGAAAGGCCCCGGAGGCAGAGAAGUCGAGCAUGCAGAGCCUGGACCCUUCCCGGCGACCCCGAGUCCCUGGGGUCGAGAGCACUGACGGCCCUGCCCAGAGAGCAGAGGCGCCCGACGGGCAAGGGCAGGGACCGCAGGCGGCCAGGGAGCCCCGCAGAGUUGGCAAGGAGCGGAGGGGCCCUGCCGAGGGGGAGGAGGCGGAGCCGGCACCAGCCGACCGCAGCUCAGAAUCCAGCACUCCCGAGGGCGACCCCUCAUCCCGCAGGCAGCGGGACCUCAACCCAGAACCAGAGCCGGAACCGGACGAGCCGGAUGGAGGCUUCAGGAAGCUGUACGCCGAGCUGCGCAGUGAGAACGAGCGCCUUCGGGAGGCCCUGACCGAGACCACCCUGCAGCUGGCGCAGCUCAAGGUGGAGCUGGAGCGCGCCACGCAGAAGCAGGAGCGCUUUGCAGAGAGGCCUGCCCUUCUGGAGCUAGAGAGAUUCGAGCGCAGGGCCCUGGAGCGAAAGGCAGCCGAACUGGAGGAGGAGCUGAAGGCCCUGUCCGACCUCCGCGCGGACAACCAGCGGCUCAAGGAUGAGAACGCAGCCCUGAUUCGCGUCAUCAGCAAGCUCUCCAAGUGAUCGGGAGGAGCCCCGCCCCUGCGCCCACAUUUAUACAGCUGCUUCUGCCACACGCACCCCUUCCCCUGCGUGAGCGCGAGUGACAGGGCUCCCGGGGGGUCUCCGAGAAGCCAUAACCUCCCCUCGGGCCCUCCAGGCUCGGGGGGCAGUACAGAGCGCCCAGGAGCCAAGGGGGGGCCAUCGGGGGCCAGGGAGGCCGGGAGGCCGAGCCAGGGAGGGGGACGUCGCUGAGCAGGGACUGGGGCAGGAGGCGGGGCCAGCAAGGCACCGAGGACCAAGCACCGCGACCGGGAACCAGGACCAGAGUGGCCGCCCCGAGGUCCCCCCUCACGUGUGACGUCACCCUCACCACCCCUCCCGCUCCGGAACAGGGAUCCGAGAAUGUGCCAAGAGCCCCGCUGGCCUCGGCCAGGCGGGCCUGUAUAUAGGGUCCGCGUGCAAUAGGGAGGGAUGUCUUCUAUUUUUGCGGCCCCCUCCCCGCCCACCGUCCGGGGCAGGGGGAGAAGGUAUUUUCGAGACAAAGCACAGGCACCACAAAUAAAAGUCGUGAAGUCGCCA